ACUACUGCAUAUAAAUUUCGCUUCAUCGACAAGCUUUACUAGUUUAUCUCUCCUCAGCAUUGCUUCGAAGAUGAAUACGUUUUGGGUGUUAGUUGUUGUAAGCGCUCUUGCUGUUGUUUCAUGUGACGAUGGUGCUAAAGAUCCGGAACUAGAAGCUGUGCAGAAGAAGUUACAAAAGUUAGAUAUGAUAGAAAAGAUGUUUGCUAUAGUUUCUGCGCUCGGGAAGAAAACCGAACAAAGGGACGACUGCCUUGGCUACGGUGAAGAAUGUUACAUGAUUUCCGGACCGAACUGCUGUGGAUUUUCAAAUUGGUGCAAUUACCGUGAUGAAUACAUCCCAGGCGAUGCUAACAACCCUCCAAGAUAUGUAAACAGAUGUCGGGCUGGUAGUUUGACCGUAUGGGCUGAAGAAACCUAUAACAACACUAUUGGCAGAAGGUAAUUUGAUGCCGCCGCUUAAGAAUACUCGGAAGGGACAUUUCGACAAACCAUGAAUUACAAAGAAGUUUCACUUUGCUUUCUAUUUUUGUGAUUAAACAGAUUUAACUUCAUGAGA